CGACAUUUAGAACUACCGCUUUUAAAUUUAAAAAUUGGCAGAUCCCUGUUUCGAAAAAAUAUGUUUCUGAAGAGGUGACAACCUUACACUACAAUCUUUGUUGACAAUUUACGCCAAGUGUAAUAGUUUUUUAUAUAAAAUGGAUAUAAAAGUUUUAAGUUCCCAGGCCACUAUAGCAAUUGAAGAGUUUGCUAAAUUAUAUUUUGAAACUUUUGAUAAAAGAAGACAGGCAAUCGUCAGAAUCUAUCAAGAUAAAGCUAACUUAGUUUGGAAUGGACACGCUGUUACGGGUGCAGAUGAAAUAAUGAAAUUUUUUGACACAUUGCCUUCAUCAGAGUUUCACAUAGAAGGGAUGGAUACCCAAGCCAUUCUUCCAGAUGUUGUAGCUGAUGGUAGCAAUUCAAUAAUUGUCAACUUUUUUGGAAAAGUAAAGUUUAAAGGUUCAGAAGCCAAAGCUUUUUUUCAUACUUUUAUUUUAUCUGCACAUGAAAAUAAAUGGAAAAUUGUUACUGAAAAUUUUAGGUUUCUGGAAUAAAAAUGUGAUAUGAAUCACAC